GCAGCAUCACCGCGCGCUCUGCCUCCGUUGCCUCUGCGCGAGCCGCAGCGAUUCGCUCCUUCAGCAGCCGAUGCUUGUCCCUCACUGUGUCAAAAUUCAGAGAACAGUUCGUUUCCUUAAAUAACCUCAGCAGAGCAUGAACGUAGGAUUCUUAUCCAGCUGAGUUACGGAUUUAAAGCGGAGAGAGAAGAAGCGUUUGUUCCCUGGACAUCAUUUGAAGUCAUGCCAGUUCCAGAACAGCCUGCUGAAGUAGAGAACGCCACCAUGCUCAGCCCAGGACUGAAUGCUUCUAAUGGCGACGGAUCUGAGACUGAGACCACCUCUGCCAUUCUGGCCUCUGUGAAAGAGCAGGAACUGCAGUUUGAAAGAUUAACUCGAGAGCUGGAGGCGGAGCGUCAGAUAGUGGCUACUCAGCUGGAGCGAUGCAAACUGGGAUCUGAGACAGGUGGCAGCAUGAGCAGUAUCAGUUCAGCCGAUGAGCAGUAUCGCUGGAAUACCCAAGAUGGACAGAAAGAUAUUGAGGAGGAACUAAACACAGGUCUGGAACUGGUGGAUUCGUGUAUCCGUUCCCUACAGGAGUCUGGGAUCUUGGAUCAUCAGGAAUAUACCACAGCUGAUAGCCACCCCCAGUGCUGCCAAAUCUGCUCCUGGCGCCACCAUCUGUAGAACUUAGUGGCGCUGGUGCUACUGCUCUCAAAUG